AUUCAUUUCAAUUUUCUGAUAAUACUCAACAAAAAGAAGUAAAAUGGCUAAUUCGUUGUUUGACAUAUUCGGAGAUCACAUAAUGCGGCAGGGUCUAAAAAAUUUACCACGCCAGCCGUUAGCGAACAACGGUAGGCUUCUCUUUUUAUUUUGUACUUAUAAUUUGAAGUGUCCCUUUCUGUGCCGUGCUUAAUUUUGUUUUCUUUGACACAGAGAACAUUGGUAAGGUGAUGACUACACCUGCAAAGCCUAACGAACCCUUAAAGAAAGGUGAAACAAAGAAGUCUUUUCUCUCCAACACUGGGAAAGCUUUACAGUCUACUCCCAUGAGGCAGGUGUUUACACCGAGACCAGUAAACGUUGGCGCUCUCAUAUACAAUGAUACAGAUGCAAAUGACAAUGAAAUCAAUGUAGAAGAGUUUGAAUUUUCUAAACCAACUUACAAGUAUGAUAACUUUGUGUCAGAUAUGCACGACUAUUUAGCCUUGCCAGUUACAGUGAUAGCUCAGCAAGUAUCACCUCCCAGCACACCACCACCACUGGUCAAGCAUUCAUUAUCUAUGGAAUAUGAAGAUUCAUAUGAGGAUGACUUCUUCAGAGAUGACUUCUCGACAAUGACAGAGUGUUUUCAAGACAAUGAACUUGGAUUGCCUGGACUUUAUUGAUGUAGUAUAUUCAAAGAGUAUUUUAUGACAUUCAUACAAUUUUGGGCAAAUUAGGCAAAUCAUUUAAUGUCUAAUUUAUCUUU